AUGGCGCUGCGGCAGUACCUGCCUUGGCGAUGCACCGGCUUUAGCAGAUGCGGGUGGCGCGUAUGGGGAAUGAACGACAGCUGCAGCUACGGGCAGGCAGGCUCCAGGCGCUCCACCCGCCGGUCGUUCUUGUUCUCAUCAAAGCUCACUUGCAGCGAGGUCCAGUGCACUGACAACCUCCUUCCUACAUGCUGUGUUUGUCACGGGACGCAGAGCUGCUGGGAUCCACGGCGGCGUGCCCAAGGCCGGGCAAUCUUACUUCGUCCUGGUGCGACGUCGGGCCACGAUAUCUCGCUGCUCAUUUGCCCAUCCAGACGGUGGCUCGCAGGCAACAAACAGGGCGUUGCCGCCUGUGCAGCCCAGCAGCCCCGGUCUGCCCAAUUUCACAAUCUCGUCUUCGUGCCUGGGAGCGCCACAAUUGGCAAGGCAAGGAGCCCGGGGAAGCGGGAUCCAGGGGGGAAGGGCCGCAAGUGCGGCGUCCCAAGAGCCCAGGAACCUCGUCUGGGCCUGCAAACGCCCCCGGUCAGCGCCACUCUUUUGCGGUUGCUGUACCGGUUGGCCGCUGGGUGGCAGCAGGGUGCAAGGGCGAUAGGGGGAUUGGAACCAGGGCCGCCGGCUGCGAGCGUUAGCAGCACGACCGUCUUGUUGGAAGCGGGCUUUUCACCAGUCUCCCGGGACGCCUCUAUGCUGCAUGCUGAUGAUGCUGUGCUGUUGGGGGGCUAUCCUCAGCAAGAGGCCGAAACAUAA